CUCAUCCUUAAACCCUAACAAGAGAUCAUCGUCAUCUAGAGUUUAGAAAAUUAAAGACCCAGAAAGAAUAUGCAUCCCAUUAACCUAUUUCUGCUUUUCCUAGCCUUCAUCCACCCCUUCAAAUCGGUCUCAUCGGCUCAACCCUUCAAAACCCUAGUUGCCCCCAUCCACAAAGACACCAAAACCUCCCUCUUCACCCUCACCCUCAAACAAAACUAUCUACUUGACCUUAGUGCCCCUCUCUCAUGGAUCCAGUGUCCCCAGCCCCACCCCACUGUCCCCUGCACCUCCCCUCAGUGCACCCAAGCCACCUCUUACCUCUCCCCUUUAUGCCCUUCUCCAAACAACACCGCCUCAACCCACUGUGAUUGCACAAUCUCAGCCGCCAAUCCAAUCACCAAAUCCUGUUUUUCAUCUCAGUUAUCAUACAAUAACAUCACCAUCCCUUCCACCAAUGGCACAAACCCCAGUUUCAACGUUUACUUUUCGUGUGCUAACAAGUCUCUCGUCCAGUCCCUCCCCUCUGGAACCGCGGGAAUCGCCAGCCUUUCCUGGUCUCCGCUAUCUUUCCCCUCCCAAUUAGGGAAGAAAUUCGCCGUCUGUUUGCCGGCGGCGUCCCGGGGAGCGGCGUUCUUCGGCGACGGUCCGUACAAUCUUCCGAAGAGAGACGCCGCGAAGCUCCUCUCCUACACGCCGUUGAUAAAGAACCCUAAAUCGCCGGACUAUUACAUCGGCGUCAACGCAAUAUCCAUCAACGGGGACGCGAUUUCCGUUGGGGCUAAGUCUCUGGCUCUGGACUCGUCCGGCCGUGGCGGCGUGAAGCUCAGCACGGUUCUGCCCUACACCGCGCUGAGGACCGACGUGUAUAAAGCUUUCCUGAAGGGCUUUGAGAAGGCGGUGAAGGGACUUCCGAAAGCGAGCAAAGUGAAGCCGUUUGAGCUCUGCAUUAAGGCCAGCUCGCUGGGGUACACCCUGGCGGGACUGGCGGUGCCGGAGAUUGACCUGCAGAUGGCGAACGGCAAGAACUGGACGAUUUAUGGGGCGAACUCAGUUGUUUUUGUGGGCAAGGAUAAGGCGUGUCUCGCCUUCGUCGACAGCGGAAAGAAGGCGGAGGAAGCGGCGGUGAUCGGCUCGUUCCAGAUGGAGAAUUACUUGUUGCAGUUUGAUUUGGUGCAGGCGAGGCUGGGGUUUAGCUCUUCGCUGCUGCUGGCUAGAGCCACUUGUGGAAGCUUCAACGUCACCUCCGUCUGACUGUCUCUGUGCAUUGAUCGGUUUGUUCCAAGGAAGUAGGAACAUGGAGAAUCAAUCAAUUUUAGCGUAAUAAUUAAGUCCUUUUCAUAUUCCAUAUUUAAGUUUGGAUUUUUUUUUAUGUUUACUUUAUGUUUUAAUACUUUGUAUUAAUCUUAAAUAAAAAUAAUAAUAAUAACUUUUAGUGCACUCUUGCUAUUUUUUUUAAAAGUAUUUUGGGUUCC